GCCUGCUGGUGUGCACUGACCAAGGCACGCCUCCCGAAAGAAGCCGCCGAUGAACCCCUCGUCGCGCUACGCCUACUCGCGCAACGGCGACCAGGGCCGCGUGGACGAGAAGUGCCUCGUGCGCGUGCAGAUCCCGACCGUGAACUCGACCGAGGGCGGCAAAGUGCGCUACCAUGUGCGCGUAGUCAACGUCCGCUCGGGCCAAGUGUGGGAGGUCGCGCGCCGCUUCUCCGAGUUCCUCAAGCUCCGCAACGAUCUGAUCGAGUUCUUCGCCAACACGGACAAGAAGUGCCCUGGGUGCCGCAACUACGAGAAGGUGCUCAAGCUCUUCGAGUUCCCGCGCAAGCACGUCUUCACGAGCGUCACGCCCGUCGUCAUCAACUACCGCAAAAAGGCGCUGCGCAGCUUCAUCGCCAUGCUCGCCUCGCACACCUUCACUACCACGCCCAAGUGCCCCACUUGCAGCGGCUUCCCUUUCACGGGCGUCCGCGACUGGCUCACGACGGAUAUGGUAGCAGGGAGCGGCGCCGCCGGUGGCGCUGCUGGUACUUCGCCAACGAACGAGCAGAUCCGCGACACGAUGGACGUUAAGGACUUCAUCAACUACCACCCGGUGUCGAACACGAUGCCU